UUGGGGCAGUCAAGAACUAAUUUUAAAACAUAUAACCGUGUAACUGAGUAUUCACCAUGGGUUUUUACAAAAUUGUUCUGCUAUUUUGCCUCAUCGUCACUUUAGCAACACGCUUUCCGGAAGCUGAAACUCGAGCUAUUUCAGAGGAAGAAUCCCUAAUCGAACCAGAUGAGGCUCAUUUAUCAGAUGAACGCCGAGCUGUCCCAGGUUGCCAUGACGAAUUUUCGCCAACUUUUUGCGAAAGAUUCAAAAAAUUUUGCUCUGCCUAUGGUACUAAUGGCUUCCUAAUGAGAACCAAAUGCUACUUCUCUUGUGGCUGUGUGAGAAACAUCUGAAAUGGACUCUAAAUUUCUUCCUAAAAAAGAGAUACCUCUCCUAAAUAUGAAAAUGAAAUAAAGAGC